UGAAUUACAGCGGCUUUUUUGACAUCUGACUCUGGCGGCAAACCGCAUUUUCCAAAAAUCGUAAACUUGUCUGUGAAAAAAAUAUACAUUUUUCAAUUAAAAGCCGAAGAAAAUUGUUAAUAAAAAUGAGUGAAGCAAUGCCAGAAGAUAUGUGGACUCCCUACAAGCACUUGUACAAAGUUAUAGAAAAUUCAAUAGCAAAUCCUUCCAAACUAAUUAUUCCAGAAUUGGAGUCCGUUUUGAGGAAGCAUAAACAAAAUUUUACAAGUAUUCUUCGUAAUCCACCUAAAAAUGAGAACAACCGCACACAACUCAGACAAGGAAUCACCGAUGGCAUCAACAUACCAGGACACGGUCAUAUGUUGCUCUCCAAAGAUCUUGUCGAUGAAAGCAUAAUUAUCUCGGAGAUGUUCAAUCUAGACGAGUUUAUAGCUCUGGAACUGCUUUGCACAGCUCAGCGCCAAAUGCCACAGCAUCCAGGCUUGCCGCGUGGGUUAGUUGCUAUUCUUUUGUAUUAUGAUGGCCGAAAGGCGAUUGCUUGUUCGUUGAGAGAUUUGUUCCAAGCUAGCAGUGGUGUUUCAUGGUGUACUGAUGCUCCAAAAGAAGUAACCUACUUGAUAUCUUCAUUCGCUCAAAGUUUGGUAGAAGAAUCUAGUAUAUUGGGUCGAGUUAUUGAACUACUGGAGCAAUUAGAUAUAUCCGCUGAGUUGAGCAUUUUGACUAAAAAUCGAGCUCUUGGACCUCCAAAACACCGUCGCCAGGUGUUAGAUUUAUUUGAAGACAUUCGUUUGGCUUUAGCGACUGCUUUAUUUAAUUGGUCAGCACAAUGUGGACUUCCCAAGAAUAUUGCCAAAAAGCUGAUGGAAUAUCUUUCCAAGUAUAAACCAACUGAACCAACAGGAGGCAUUGAUGAUGUCACAAUGACACUCUUGAUGGCUUUGUUGUAUUCUUUCGAUACGAGUGUCCUACAAAGGCAGGAAGAUAAUGAACGAAGUGUUCAAAAUUUGCCAAUUAUUAAUGAGAAUGGCUAUGCUCAACAUAUUUACGAGGCAUUGCAAUCGGAUAACAAUUGGGAAUGGGAUAAUCGAUUGAAAUCGAUUGUUACAUUUGGUUUUGGACUGUCGAUGGCAAGUUUACGUCAUGCUCCACAAAAUCUUCAAUUUUCAUCGGCAAGAGUUAUUGAUCGUGAUGAACAACUUGUUGAUGAAGCAAUUUCAAUGAAAGUUUUUGAUUUUAUUCAUUAUUAUCUAUUGGAUAGAGAAAUACUCUUUAAGUCUGAAUUUUUCUAUCGUCGUGUACAUUCGUUAUUUACUGACUUCAUUGAUUUCAUGCACUCUAAGGUAACUGAAUUGAGAGGAAGAGCUGACGAAACAGCUCGAACAGUUCAAGGUUUUGCCAAAGAAGGUCUGGAUCCACCACCUAAUUUAGAUCACAAUUUCGAAUUAUUAAUGCUGUCGAUUGGAAAGUUUUACGAUGGCAACAAAUCUGGACUUUCACUAAGUGUAGAAUAUUGGGGCCCCAUGGACAUUCCAGCUAAUUAUGCUAAAACAACAUCACGCUCUGUGUCACUGUUUAAAUUUAUUCGUCUGGCUGGUGAACUUUUACCACCAAUUUUAUUUGUUCCAUAUCUAAAGAUGUUGGCUGGCCUUUCGAGUUGUGGUCAAUCAGCACGCAACACAUUUAAUUUACUGAAGCAAGGUUCUGGUUUGUCUGGAAGUGCAACUUUAUCAUGGGAACAUUUCUUCAGCUCAUUAGCUCGUUAUUAUUCCAACUUACGUCAAGAACAAUGUCCAGGUAGCGAGACAAUUUAUAGAAACCGUGUCCUAAAUAGGAGUAUCAAUCCACAAGAAAUUGAAGGUUUAAACGCUGUACUGUGUGUUAUAAGAUCUGUUGCUACCUAUGAUGAAAUGGCAAGAGUAGCACUAUGUGAGCAUCCCAACUGGGCCCCGUUGCAUGUUUUACUUGGUCUCUUAAGUUGUUCGGUUCCAAUUAAUUUGAAAGCAGAUAUCCUUUUGACAUUGGCAGCUCUAGGAAAGUCAAAAGACACUGCAAUUCAAUUGUGGAAUAAUUUGGAAGCCUCUCAGAUUAUUGCAACCAUUCCGACAACUAAUACUUAUGUUGUUUGUGGAUUGGAAGUUGAAAUAGAACAGAACGAAUCUCGCAACGAAACAUAUCCGCUGUCACAGGCAGCCUUAGAACUAUUUUAUACACUGUCAUCAACUGCUGUUCCAAGAAAUCUUGGAGGUGGUCCGAGAAAGCCUGGCCUUGAUCCAUACUUAACAUUUGUUAUUGAUGCAGUAUUGCUGAAGUUUUACAACAGAAACUACAAAAAUCCGGCUGAAAAAUGGGAGGUUGGCGAGAAGUGUUUGCGAUUAUUGCAUUACUUCCUCAAGAGCUACGAGAUUAGUCCAGCUGAUUUUGCUGAUAACAGAGAAGAAAAUGCUCCUCCCGGCUAUCACAUAAUGUUGCAGCUUCAUACAAAAUCCGACACACUACGUUUAUUGCUACAUAUUAUUGAUGAAGCACGAAAUAAUCUCGACCAAUAUCAUCCGUUCCCAGGCAAACAAAAACUCGAAGAGUGUGCUUUACAUUGUCUCAAUAUUCUAGAGCUGGGACUCUCCAAUCAAGAUCUAUUUUUCGAUGCUCAUUCAGUGGCAAAUUGUUCAACUCUACUUUCGGGAUUGAAUAAAAUUAUGUUGGAUGUAAACCCCAGAAGUGGUAAACCUGACCAUGUGCUCAAUACAACCAAAUUUGUUACUUACAAUAGUUGGUUGCCUCGUCAUGCAUUGGUUUGUGUUAAAAUUUUAAAUAUUGUCUCUCGCCUACCGAAUGUUAGUUCGCAAAUUCUUGGAAUGUUUACGCAAAAUGAAAGAAUACAAACCGAAAUUCGUCAUGGUUUUGUUGAGAGUCUGGAGGCUGACUUGCCCACUUCAUUGCCUGAUGAGGUUGACGAUGAUGGAAAGAAUGAGUUGAAAAUUGAAUUGGAAAUGAAAGAAGCCAUUAUAUGUUUGAUUCAAGACUGUCUUCCACAGCCUGCACCUAAUAUUGCUCAUUUUCUAUUGGGUUUCGAUAUAACAAAAGAUAUCCGAUCGACGUUAUUGCAAAAACCGGGUGUGCUCGAUUUUCCAAGUACAUGUACCAAGUCGUUGGUGUUUUUGUUAGACAAUCAUUUAGAGACAUUGAAAUCGAAAGUAGAGUGUGAUGCAGCUUAUGAAACUAUUAUAGAAAAAGCAUAUGGUCUCUUGUAUUCCUUGUGCUUCAAUCAUCGCACUUCAGAGACCAUUUUACGGUUCCUUCGAACUUGUAAUGACUUUUUAUGUCGUCAUUUGUCUGCACUGCCAUUUGGAAAAUACGAACGCUCGCAGGUACUAAAUCAAAUAGGAUCUCUCCUCAGAUGCACUGCAAUUGAAUUGAAAAUAACAGCCGCUAACAGUCAGAUCACACGAUUCCAACAUUUGUGUGAAAUUCUUUUAGGUGUUUCUGGAAAUUCAAGCCAAGAAAACGUUCCAUUAGAACUAAGUCAUUACUACACAAAUCCAUUGAGUGAAGUAAAGUCCUCAUCCGACAAAGGAACCAAGUUAUUGAUUUGUAAUUUGUUAGACUGUCUUGAAUUUGAAGCAAAAACCGUUACACACCCAAAAUGGGAUUUCUUUGAUAAUUCCUUAACUGCUCAAAUCUUACAAGAAUGUGAAAUUAAGUCUGAAAACGGUCCAAAACUGAUUAACAUAAAAAAACUGCAUGACAUUCUCAAUGAUGAAUUGCACACAGUUCAGAAUACAAUUGCAUCAGGCCAGAGGCAAUUGAUUUUAAAGGAAAUUGAAUCAGUUUUACUAUUUGCACUCAAAGUGAAUGAACAGAAAAACAAAAGUUUUGCCACAGUAAAGUUUAUGGAAGCUUGGGGACAGGUCACAGAAGUUCUAUUCAGUUGUGCACCUCUUCCUGCUCUUCCCCUAGAAGUGAAACAGGAACUGAUUAUUGAAAUUCUUCAAUGCAUUUUAAGUAAAGUUGUACCAGUACAAGUACUUUUGGAAUUGGCAAAUAUUUCAUCUGGAACAGUGCUGCUGUUGUUGGUUAAUUUGAGAUAUUGUAAUAUUCAAAAAUCAACAGCUCAAAUGGAAUCAGAUCAAAACGAUAAUCGUCAUUUAUCUACAUUUAACGGAAAUGGAAAGUCGAUGUCUACAUUUUCAAAGUCAAAUACCCUCAGUCUUAAGUUUAUUUUACGCAACAUUGUAGAAUGGAUUAUUGUCAGCGGAGUAGCUUCACAAAAACUCCGUAUCAACUUGUAUGCAUCGCUCCUCAACUUUAUGCAUAUUGUCAAAGGCAAUUCAUCGGAGAGUACAACAGUUAGAACAGACGAUGAACACUACAUCUCUCGUCUUGAUCGAUCAAUGUUCGCCUCCGAUGAUAAUGGCUUAAGCGAAUCCAACCAAGUUCAAAUGACGGUUGAAGUUUUUACAUCAUUUGGGGAUAAAUUAAUUGAUAUUCUAUGCCAUGAUUGUAUUGGAGGACAUGAUAUCUGUAAGAUGUCAGCAUUGUCUUGCAUUGAUACUCUUCUAGAUUUGGAUUCUUUGACAAGUUUCAUCAACUUUAUUGCCAAACGUGGCUAUUUGUCCCAUCUCAUUGACAGUCUUAUCAAAUCUGACGAAAGUCUUUGUCGGGUCUUGCGAAAUACCCCAGAAAAUAUGCGAGCAUUGUAUGUUUACGAGUCUAAAAUGGCUAUGUUGGCUCGCGUUGCCAGCUCACAUGUUGGCGCUGAACUGCUCUUGGAAGACAAAAUUCUUGGUGUCUUGGCUGGCAUGAAAGUCUUUGAUAUGCAUCCCGAUUUUCAAAUUAACAACUAUUCACGUCAUAAGCAUGGAGAUUCUUUUGUUCCACCAAUCGAGGCGCGUUAUCAACAAAUUCUAUUUCCUGCUUUGAAUUUAUGCGAUGCAAUUAUUUCAACACUUGGACCAGAAAACCAUUCAGCCAUUUCUCAAAUUGUACACUUUUUACUUUCCCAUGGUGAUAUGAUAGAAAUAAUAUUGCGUGCUGGUACUCCAUUCCUUGACUUGGGACUCUUGCAGGAACUCUCUUCGAUUACGGGCUUAAUUGCUCGCACUACAAAUCAAGAGUUUUUAGCAUUGGCUGAUCCCACUUUCAAUCAAGAUGUAGGAGUUCAUAUCUAUCGAAUGCAACGACUUAUGUUGUCUUUGUUGCCGCGGUUUAUAAUAAGUGAAGCGACUUUGAAGGAAAUGCAGAAACCAGAGAAUAUUAUGUAUUCUCCAACUGAUAAAAAUAAAGCGCUACAAGUUAGGUACUUUUUAGAAACUGCAUCGAACUUAGCUUUGUACUGUCGAAAUGCGAUCGCAAAUCAUUCAGCUGAUCACCGUGCUACAGGAAUAAUAUUUUCACCCAGUAUAACAGAUUCAAUUCAAAGGAAUGAAAACCGAAGUGGAACACUAGAAAUUUCACCAAGUCUUGGAGUUGUUCUGAAUCAACUUAAGAGUUCAGUAGAAUACUACAAUAGACAGAAAUCGGUAUUUGAAAAUCUUCAACGGCAGCGUUCGUCUUUAUCUAAUAUUGGUCUAGACUCAACAGCUCGUUCAAACUAUGCCGAAUUAUCGGAUCGUUUAGCUGAAAAACAGAAUGAAUUAAAUCAUUGUGCAUUUAUCACAGAGCAGUGCUUGUACCUUUUAUGGACACACUUGGAUUUCUACAUGCGACGUACAAUUCCUGUCAAUACACUUCAAUUUAACAAAACUGCAUCAUUUUCGUCUGAUUCUUUUGUUGCGUCAUCAGCUGAAGCAAGUUGGCGUGUUUCCUCCGAAGAUGUUAGUUAUUUAAAAAAGAAUUUAAUUUCUAUAUUCAAUGAAACAUUUAGCAAACAAUUAAUAUCGACUGCACAGACUCAAGCAGUUGCAGAUAAAGGAUUUACCGAAGCAUUAUUGAGACGUAUAAAAUGUUUGAUACAAUUUGUGCCAGUUAAUUAAAUUUUAUUUGGAAAAAAGUUGAAAUUUUAUGUUUGAUGUAUUUUAUAUUUUUUUUUUAUAAACACAAAAGAAAUACAAAUAUUUUUUGUUCCCGUUUAAAACAUA